GACCUUUUUCAAUUUCCUCACAGUUUGUUCUGUUCAACAUUGUUAUGCCAGUUACUAUAUAUAAUAUUACAUGCUCGCAGGAAAUUUGGUCAUACAUCCCCGGAUACAUCCUCAUUCUCAGACGUUUGGUUUUUCUUUUCGAGUAUUCUAAUUUCUAUAUGAGUCAGGCCGGUGGUGGAGAGAGAGAGACGAGGUGGAGGCCAGUGUUAUGGGCAUGUUGUUUAAUUUUGUGAUUUCAUCGUAGCGAUAUUUUACAAUUGAUAGAUUCACUUACAAAUUCAACUUUUCUUUUCUAAAGGUAGACCAGCAAUCAAGUGAAAAUAAUUGUAAGACUUAUGAUUGAAUUUGGGACUAAAACUUGACAUGCAAAUGAUAGCAUUACAAGUUUAUAUGAAACUUGAACUUGAAGAUCUAUUUUGAAGAAUCGAGCUGCAUCCAAAGGCAAGCGUCGAGUUGCUAACAUCGUUGUCUUGUUAACAGCCGUUUCAUUGGAUUCGCAACAGUCAUUUCGUGUUAUACGAACGAGCGUGAGGCCGAGGAGCUGAGAAAAAAAUGCCUGGAUCAUCGAGUUUAUCACCUCAGCAGCGGUUUCGUGAGAAUUUGAUCAAACUUGGCACUCAGUCUCAUGUGGAUGCAGAAAAACACAAUUUCAUGUGCGAAAACGACGGUAGAUUAUACUUUCGUGUGGACUCCGUGAAAUUCGAAGACCUCUACGAUUGGUCCAACCCAGAUCACAAAUGGAGGAGUCAUCGGGUUAGCGGUCGUCAGUUGAGACGAUCAAACAGCAUGCCGACGGGGAGUCUGGUGGAGCUCAACGAGGAGGGCAUCGCACUCUUCCGCUUCAAGAAUCUGCUCUUUGCCAUCAAGGAAAAGUGCCCACAUUUAGGAGGACCCCUUCACAUGGGUGAUAUCGAGGUCUUACCGGACAUGUCCAUCUGUGUGAAGUGUCCCUGGCAUAAAUGGCGCAUUGAUCUGACCUCCGGAGAGGUCAAAUCACCCAAAGGUCGCACAGAGGUCAGCUCGGUGACCUUUCCUACCAAGAUCGAUGAGAACGGGACCAUCUUCAUCGGGUUCCAGAACUUCAGCGGGAAAUAUUUCUCAGGUGAUGCUGACUUUUAAAAGCCAUGCCAUGCAGCAUCUUCUCAGCUAAGUUUGUAAUCAAUUUUUCCCCUUUUUUCACUUUUGAUUAGAACAAAACUGACCUCAAAAUGUUCAUUAUAUGGUCAGAUAUCUGGGAAUAGUUUCCACCACAAAGGUUGUUAACAUUGUUUUAGAUUUUCAACCUUGAUAUGUCUCUGGUAUUGUCCAGCAAUCGGGGAAAACCUUGGAAGUUAUAUUGCAGAAAAAUAUAGAUAAGUACCAAGGAAUUUCAUGCAAUUUUCAACUAUGUUUCAUCAAAUGAUAUUUCAUAAGUUCAAGUCACUGUAUGGAUAACAUUAAUGAAUCAAAAUGUUGAACUCUUUGGCUAAACAAUCAAUCAUACCUGCCCUGUUAAACCACUUAUCUUGCCAGAUUAGAAAUGUUAAUAUGUCAGAGAGUUAUUAAGCAUUCUGUUUUAGUGUCUUUUUAACCCCCUACCAUUAUUUUUAAUAGAUUUGCAAAGUUUUACUGAAUUUGCAUCAAUGUCUUGUAAAGAAGAGUUUUUUUCCUGGUAGCUUCAAGCUUUUAAAGACUAAUUAAAAUCAAACUUUUAUCCUUUUUAUCUUUGUAAAGUUUGUGAAUAAUAAUAGAGAGUAUUUUGUAGUGUUUUUAUCAGAAUUCAACAAACUCUUUCCUUGUUAAAUACAUGCUAUUCAUAGCAUUUUCACUAUUCAUGUCUAUUCAUAUGUGUAGUGAUACUGUUUUAAACUUGUUGACACAAUCAAAUACUUCCAAUUGAAAGUGUUAUCAGUUUAACUUCUUCUUUUUUAGAAUUUCACAAGAAGUUCACAUUUUAAGAUUCUAAAUUAUUCCAAGAAUUUUUUAAAUUUUAGAAUACCUAUGGGUAGUGACAAGGUAGUGUUAUAAUUAUAAUUCAAGUUGAAAAUUUAUGACAUUUUUCAGAAUUCUCUAAAAGCUUUCUGAAAGUCUUUAUUUAACCUCUUUCAAAAAUUUCCAUCCAAGAAGCUUACAUUGUGCAAUGACAUAGAAUUAUCCACUAAGGCUCGUAUUCUGAAGUCGGGUUUAAUUUAAACUCUGGUUUUAAGUUGUGGUUUAACUAUGAAAAGCCAGUUGUUACAUACAUCUCUAACAGUAGAGGUUCAAUGUAUCAGCUCAUUUGACUCCUAAAACAUUAUCAACUGCCUGGGAAGAAUAAGUUGUCGUCACCAUUAAAGAAUUAGUAAAGAGCACAGUAAACACGAGAAGCAUUCACUGUAAACAAAAUUUUGAAACGUUUGGCUUCCCAUAAUUUUAGCACAGAGUUAGACCAUGGUCUAAGUUAAACCUGACUUCAGAAUACAGGCCCCAAUGUUUAUACUACCAGUAUAUUUUCAGUUUUUAAUUAACUUCAGUCUGUCAAUGAGUGUAAUAACUCAAAUUACCAGUAUCGUUUCUUCAUUUUUUGCAUAGAUUUAUAUGAAAGUAUGUCUCCUAAAUGUGGGUUUCUAAACAGGUAAAAUUAUAUUCAUCAUGUCAUCAGGUAGCAUAUACAAUGCCCCAAAUCAAUUUUUUUUAUUAACUUUUAAGGAAAACUGAUUGUUUUCAUAUACAGGGUGUAGAUAACUCAUUAAACUUCUUAUUAUACCAUUUCCAUGUUCUUUUCCCCCCUUCAUUUUCAUAAUAAUUCUCCCGUUGCGACCACAACAUUAAUUGCAUUCGUUCAGAUUUUAGCCCACAUAUAAUUAGGAUUUUACGUGUAAUGAUCAUGUUCAAGUAUGAAAUUAUUUCAUAAAGAUGAUAAUCUUAUAUUGAAAAAUGGUAUAUAUUUACACAUAUAUAUUUUUCACUAGUUUCCCAUGUAUGCUGCAAAUAUGCCAUGUAUCAUCGGGUUCAGUAUCAUAAAUCUAUUUUUACAGGGACUUAAAACAUACCCAUUGUACUUCCCACCUUGGUAUACAUGUAUUUUUACAUUCUAACUAAUAUUGUAAAUAAACAUAGAGUUAUUGUACAUAAUAUUGUAUUAUUUUGUAAAUAUGUAUACUAUGUUAAGAUAUGCAUAUUUUCUUUUGUAUUAUAUUUUUUUGUCUUUUCAGGCAUUUUUUUUUACUUGUGAAAUAUUUUAUAUUUCCUAACUAAACAUUUCAUCAAAAUCUGACAAGGAAGAUGCAAGUUAUGACAUGUUAAAGUUUUGCAUUAUAUCCAUGAAACGAUAUGCAUGCCUCCAUGAAUAUGCAAUCAUUAGGGAACAGAUUAUGUCACCCCCCCCCCCCACUUAUUCUUUUGUAUUUUAUUGUUUGAAUUUUUAAAAAUUAUUAUUUCCUCCAAGAGUGUAAAAAUCCAUGAACGCAUUGCUGAAACCUAUUUGGUUACAAGGGAUACAUGUUGUAAGUAUGAAAUGAUUAUGAUUUCAUGUACAUCUAAUACAAUAGGAAAAGGUAAAGUGGGGAUUUGACCUCGUCAUCUACCUACUGCUUACUUUUAAUGGCACACUGCAAAAACUAUAGUGUUGAUUAACACCAGCCCGGAAUCUAUAUAUGUCCACACCAGAGAAGUGUUAAACAACACCUGAUAGGUGUUUAUACAACACCAAUUAGUAUUAAAACAGCAUCGGUUUGAUUCCAAACUGGUGUUGUUUCAAUACUUCUCUGGUGUGGACAUAUAGAUUCCGGGCUGGUGUUAAAUCAACACCGGAGUUUUUGCAAUGCAUGCAUUGGGUUUUUCCCAAAAAUUAUUGCUAAUCGUUAAAAAUUCAAAACAAUUUUAUCAGAUUUGUAUUAAUUUUCCAACUAUUUGAUCAUUGAACUUUGCUCUAUAUUACUUUCAGCAUAAAGUACCACUACCAUUUUAAACCAGGAUUAGGCAUGUUAGAGUUAUAUGCCAUUUAGAAUUGAACCAAGGAUAAAUAAACUAACGUUUACUGUUCAUAUCUUUCUAAACUGUAAAUUGCCUUUGGUAAUUUUCUUAUUCAUAAACUUUGGAGGAGUAAUCCAAAUAUGAUAUUUAUGAAAGGAACGUUUAACCAACACUGUAAAACUUUAUUUUGAAUGAAAACUUGUUAGAAUAUCAAAUGGAUAGUUUAAAAGAAAUCAUAGACCUAUGUGCUCAGAGAGUUUUAAAUUACUUUAUGCAAAUAUGAUCUGUGUUUUAUGCUUUGUACCUUGAACAUGCAUAUUGAACACGCAUAUCAUUAUAUCUCUUUAUGUGUAAAAGCUUUUGAAAGAAUGCAUUGCAGUGCAUGUCUGAACGGGACCAAAUCAUAUUGAAAUUAAAAGGUAUAUUUCACUUA